AUGUCCAUCCGCCGAAUUGCGACUGCUGCCGACUGCUGCCAACAAUGCAACAUGCCUGGCGAUGGAUGGCACCCAUUCCGUCUUCACGCCCCCUUCCGUAAGAAACCGAAUCUGACCUGUAUUGUCAUUUGUGCCGUCCUCAGCCAAGUGAGGCCGGGCAUUUAA